AUGGCUCUGUUAAAGAAAAUGGCGGAUUGGCGGAUGUACUACACUCGCGGAACGUUUAUUAUAGUUCAAAAUUUCGUUCUCGGUGAAGAGGGUGAUGCGACUGGUGAAGAUAGCGACUAUGCAGUCAACAGAAAAAGCAGAAAAUCGUCGUCCAGAAAAUCCUCCAGUCAUAAUACAUCGACCACUCAGAGCCAAGAACCUACAACAGGCAUGCCCACGAUUGAAGAAGUGUGCAAUACAUUUGGUUUAACAGAUGUACAAAUUGAAUAUUCCGACGCUGAUUUCCAAAAUUUAACAACAUACAAGCUCUUUCAACAUGUGAGACCGCUCUUAGCAAAAGAAAAUCCAAAAGUUCCAAUGUCAAAACUUAUGAUGUUGGUGGCAGCCAAGUGGCGCGAUUUCUCUGAAUUAAAUCCACAUAUGCAACCAGAUGCAGAUCUUCUUCUUGGUUAA